UAAUAAUAGCUCAAACGAUCUCUCCGCCCUGAAUCAAUGGCUUCCCCGGCGAUUCAGAGAUCCCCGUAUUCAACCGCCGCAUCUCCCACUGCUGCUUCUCCCCUCCAACGUCUCUCCAAUCUCAAGGAUAGAUCACUGAAUGCAACGACUCCGUCUGCCGCCGGGAUAACUCCCACUCCAACCACCGCAGUCACUCCGGCGUUACUCUCCCCUUCACCUGCAUCACCUCUUGACUCGUUCGCAUCCGACCAAAUUUUCUCCGCAUUCCUAUCUCCUGAUUUUGAUUCGGCCCGCUUCUCCUCUGCCGCUCUCUCGUCCGGAUCCGCCGCAUCCCGCAUUGAGAAGCUCCAGGAAGGCCUGCGUCUCCUCGAUUUUCAGCUACGUCAUGAAGUCCUCUCCCGUCACGAGGAUCUCCUCAACCAGCUCUCUUCUAUACGAGCCACGGACUCUGCUCUCUCCACCCUACGAUCCUCCGUCUCCUCCCUCCAGUCUUCUGUACAACGAGUGCGGUCUGAGCUCUCCGAUCCACAUCGCGUUAUUGCCACCAAAACUCGCCAGCUCUCAAACCUCCACUCAACCUCUGAGCUUCUCCAGUCCACAAUUCGCUUCCUCCGCCUUUCGAAAAAGCUUCGCGAUCUCAUGGAUUCCACACAAGACCAGGAAAAGCUCGAUAUAUCGAAAGCUGCCCAGCUUCAUUUCGAGAUACUGUCACUCCAUAACGAGCAUCAUUUGUCUGGGAUCGAUGUAGUGGAUUCGGAAUUGAAAUGGGUAACUGAAAUUGGGCAGAAAUUAAGGAGUGAAGGAAUGCGUGUGUUGGAGAAAGGGCUAGAAGAUCUGAACCAGGCAGAUGUAGGGGCUGGCCUGCAAGUUUUUUACAACAUGGGGGAACUGAGAGGGACUGUGGAUGGAUUGGUGAGCAAGUACAAGGGGUUGGGUGUGAAGAGUAUAAACACAUCGUUGGAUAUGAAGGCAGUAUCUGCAGCUGGGGGGUAUGGGCCAGGGGGUGUGCAGAGGAGUGGCACCCCCCAGCUUGGGGGAAGCGCCAAGGCUAAGGAAGCUCUGUGGCAAAGGAUGAGUUCUUGUAUGGAUCAGUUGCAUUCCAUUGUUGUUGCAGUUUGGCAUUUACAAAGGGUGUUGUCCAAGAAAAGAGAUCCGUUCACUCAUGUUUUGCUUCUUGAUGAGGUCAUGCAGGAUGACGAUCCUAUGCUAACAGUGCGUAUUUGGGAGGCACUUGUGAAAUCUUUUGCAAGCCAGAUGAAAUCCACUUUCACUGCUUCCAGUUUUGUGAAAGAAACCUUCACGGUUGGGUACCCGAAGCUCUUGUCUAUGAUAGAGAACCUACUCGAAAGAAUUUCACGUGACACGGAUGUGAAAGGAGUUCCUGCAGCUCUUACUUCUGAAGCUAAAGAUCAAAUGAUUUCUGCCAUUGAGCCGUUUCAGACUGCCUUCUUGGCACUCUGCUUGAGCCGCCUCUCUGAUCUUGUUAAUUCUGUGUUCUCCAUGUCUAGUCGGGGAAGCAUUCCGUCAAAGGAAAAUAUCUACAGGAUCAUAUCACGAAUUCAGGAGGAGAUCGAAUCCGUACAUAUGGAUGCUCGGCUGACUCUUCUCGUCUUGCGUGAGAUUAACAAAGCCCUGCUUCUGCUAUCAGAAAGAGCAGAAUAUCAGAUAUCCGCAGGACCUGAAGCACGCCAAGUCACGGGCCCAGCCACCUCUGCACAGCUAAAAAACUUUGCAUUGUGUCAGCACCUCCAAGAAGUUCAUGCCAGGGUGUCAUCACUCGUGGCUGGACUUCCAACCAUUGCAUCCGAUGUUCUCUCUCCUGCAUUGGGUACAAUCUAUGGUGUGGCGGGCGAUUCUGUCACAUCCUUAUUCCAAACAAUGUUGGAUCGCCUAGAAGCUUCCAUCUUAAAAAUCCACGACCAGAAUUUCGGGACACUUGGCAUGGACAACAACAAUGCAUCACCCUACAUGGAGGAGUUACAGAAGAGCAUUGUCCAUUUCCGGUCUGAAUUCUUGUCAAGACUAUUGCCACCUUCUUCUUCAAAUCCCCUCUCCUCCUCCACAGAAACCAUAUGCACCAGGCUAGUGAGGAGUGUAGCAUCUCGUGUUUUGACAUUCUUUAUCCGACACGCCUCACUGGUCAGACCGCUAUCAGAAUCUGGCAAGCUGAGGAUGGCGAGAGAUAUGGCUGAGCUGGAGCUAGUGGUUGGUCAGAACCUUUUCCCGGUCGAACAGCUCGGUGGGCCUUACAGGGCACUCCGAGCGUUCCGCCCCGUCAUUUUCCUUGAAACAUCUCAGCUCGAAUCGUCCCCACUUAUUCAAGAUCUUCCUCCAAGUGUCAUCCUUCACCACCUGUUCUCGCGGGGCCCGGAUGAACUGCAGUCGCCUAUGCAAAGGAACAAGCUGUCUCCUUUGCAGUAUUCUCUUUGGAUGGAUUCACAAGGGGAGGAUCAGAUUUGGAGAGGGAUAAAGGCAGCAUUGGAUGAUUAUGCUGCAAAGGUGCGGAUUAGGGGGGAUAAGGAGUUCUCUCCCGUUUAUCCGUUGAUGUUGAAACUUGGUUCUUCAGUUUCAGGCAAUGAAAGUUGAACCCUUAAAAGAUACGGAAUAGAAUUUACUUCUUGUAAGGUUUAGCUCAUUACACUGUAAAUUUUAAAGCAGGUGAAACGCUCUUGAUUCUUUCAUUUUGUAGCGGAAGAUUCGAAUUUGUUAGAGAGUAAAAAGUAAUUAUUUAUUGUGGUUAUUUGAUUAGUCUCUGACUCUCUGCCUUUGGUGGAGUGGAAUGUUGGUUUUGUCAUUGUGGUUAUUUUUAAGCGAUUUAAAACUCUGAACAAUCUGGAUAUUCUCUUGGCGAAAUCACCAAAUAGAAUUGCCCCGUUGCAUGUUCG